AAGGCGUGUCUGUUGUGUUUCUUCAAAGUAGUGAAUUUGGGGUACGCAGCUGUGGUGAGGAUUAGUUGUAGCACGUCCCAUUCUUAGGGUAUCAUAAACAUGUCCAGAAUUUUAAACGCAAUUAACACUCAUUUACGGAGAGAUUUGAAGGCAUGUCGUCGACUACGGCAAAUUUCGGAGCGGUCAAUAAGUUGCACGACACAGAGGCGAAGCGAAGAGCGGGACGAUGGGGCAGGUGCUCUGGGUAAGCGUCUGAAGGACACAGCAGAGACAGUCAUCAUUGGUGGGGGAUGCGUUGGGGUCAGUUUGGCCUACCAUCUCGCCAAAGCUGGCCAGAAAGAUGUGGUGCUCCUGGAAAAAUCUGAGCUGACAGCUGGCUCCACCUGGCAUGCUGCUGGCCUGACCACAUAUUACCACCCAGGAAUUAAUCUGAAGAAAAUUCAUUAUUACAGUAUUAAACUGUUUGAGCAGCUGGAGGCGGAGACUGGGCAGGCCGUGGGCUUCCAUCAGCCCGGCAGUAUCCGAAUCGCAUCAACCCCAGUUCGAGUGGAUGAGCUGAAGUACCAGAUGACAAGAACUCACUGGCACCCAACACCACAGUUCCUCAUUGGGCCAGAGAAGAUCCAAGAGCUUUUCCCACUUCUAAACAUGGACAAGGUGCUGGCUGGCCUCUAUAACCCAGGUGAUGGCCAUAUAGACCCAUACUCUCUCACUAUGGCAAUGGCAGCUGGUGCUCGCAUGUAUGGUGCCCAAAUCUACAACCCUGCACCCGUGACUGGCCUCACCCCAACCUCCGACGGCAAGUGGGAUGUCCAGACGCGUCAUGGUACCAUCCGAGCUAAUAGGAUAGUCAAUGCCACAGGUUUCUGGGCUCGGGAGCUGGGACAAAUGAUUGGAUUUGAGCACCCCACCAUUCCUGUCCAUCACCAGUAUGUAGUCACGGCAACAGUGCCAGAGGUUAAGGCCCUGAAGAGUGAGCUGCCUGUGAUCCGUGAUCUGGAGGGGUCUUACUACCUCAGACAAGAACGUGAUGGGUUGCUCUUUGGACCCUAUGAAAGAGAACACAAUAUGGUUCUGCAAGACUCUUGGGUUCGAGAUGGAGUACCUCCGGGUUUUGGUAAGGAGCUCUUUGAGUCAGAUCUAGACCGGAUUAUGGAUCAUGUAGAGAUGGCCAUGGAAAUGGUGCCGGUUUUGAAGAACGCUGACAUCAUCAACAUUGUGUCUGGACCUAUAACCUACACCCCAGACCUGCUGCCCAUGGUGGGCCCACACCAGGGUGCCCGCAACUACUGGACUGCAAUUGGCUUUGGGUAUGGCAUCAUUCAUUCUGGGGGUGUGGGUAAGUUCCUUAGUGACUGGAUCAUGACAGGAGAGCCACCAUAUGAUCUUAUUGAGUGUGACCCUAACCGCUAUGGAAAAUGGACCACGGUACCAUACAUGUGUGCCAAAGCUAGAGAAUCCUAUGGUUUCAACAACGUGGUGGGUUACCCUAAAGAGGAGCGUUUUGCUGGUCGUCCCACUAGCAGAGUGAGUGGGUUGUAUGAGCUACUGAAAGAUAAAGCUUCUAUGGGAUUCCAUGCAGGCUGGGAGCAACCGCACUACUUCUACAAACCUGGAGAUGAUACGGGAUACAAGCCUAGCUUCCGGCGGACAAACUGGUUUGGCCCCGUGGGCCGAGAGUGUAAACUGGUGAUGGAGAAGGUUGGAGUGAUUGACCUUACACCUUUUGGGAAGUUUGUGGUAAAAGGGAAGGACUCGCACAAGCUACUAGACCGUUUGUUUGCUAACACCAUGCCAAAGGUGGGUGUCACCAAUAUUAGCCACAUGCUAACCUCGCGAGGACGAGUAUACGCUGAGGUCACGAUUACCCAGCAUGCACCUGGAGAGUUCUUCCUUGUCACUGGCUCAGGAUCAGAGCUGCAUGACCUCAGGUGGAUAGAGAAAGAGGCAGCCGAUGGUGGUUAUGAGGUGGACAUCACCAAUGUGACUGAUGAUAUUGGUGUUUUGGGUGUGGCUGGCCCAAACUCUCGGAAGGUUCUACAGAAGCUGACGGAAGAGGACAUGAGCGAUUCAGGGUUUAAAUUCCUGCACUGUAAAUCCAUCAAGUUGGCUGGCAUUCCUAUCAAGGCCACACGGAUAUCCUACACAGGUGAGUUGGGCUGGGAGCUGUAUAUGGAUAUUAAAGAUAUGGCAGCAGUUUAUGAGGCUUUGAUGGAGGCUGGACAGGAAGAGGGCAUUGACAAUUUUGGCACCUAUGCCAUGGCAUCACUCAGACUGGAAAAAGGAUUCAGAGGCUGGGGAGCAGAGAUGAAUUGUGACACAAAUCCUUUGGAAGCUGGUUUGGACUACUUCAUUAAGCUCAACAAGCCUGCAGAUUUCAUUGGGAAACAAGCCCUGUUGGAUAUCAAAGCCCAGGGUCUAAAGAGGAAGCUGGCAUAUCUUGCACUGGACACAGAUAAUAUCGAUCCUGAGGGAAACGAGACUAUUUGGUAUAAUGGCAAGGUUGUUGGAAACACAACCUCAGGGGCAUACAGCUACACAUCUCAGCAGAGCUUGGCAUUUGCCUACGUGCCCAUUGAUCUGGCCACCAUUGGACAGAAAGUGGAAGUGGAACUCCUAGGUAAAAAAUACCCAGCCACAGUUAUCCAAGAACCUUUGGUUCUGACUGAGCCCACCAGAACCCGUCUGCAGAAGAAGGCUAAGAGCAGAGCGUAAACGGAUCAAAGAGUGGUGUGAGUGGGUAAACUGGACGUUUGCUCUCACUGGUGAACAUGAGGGGACUAGAAAAAGAGCUUGUAUUCUGUCCUGAAUUACAUGAUAAUGUUGCCAUGCCUUUUUAAAUACUUUGGAUUGCCAAGUCUGCAGACAAAUGAAGCAGUGUUUUAGAUCAGAAAAUCACUUUCAAAGAAAACAUAGCCAUCAUAGUCUUAAUUGCAUUUUUGCUGACAUAAACUGGGCAGGACAUUACAUUACAGUAUGUUACCCCAUGUAAAAUAUUCUUUUAAAAAGAGAUGGGAGGGCCUGAUAUGAUUUGAAAGUUGUUCUUGGCAGUUCUGUAAAAUGAACAUGGAAUCUGUAUCAUGUAAGAGGAUCAUUGUCUAAGGUCUCUCUAAUUGGUGGCUACCGCGGCGGUUUGUGAAUGAUGCCAGACACUAAAAGAAGGAAAGCAAACUGUGAAUGAGAAGUGAUGAUUUUUAAAGAAACAAAAACCAUUCUUUUCUGCGCAGCUCAGCUUCCCGAAAGGGGAACUUAAUGGUAGCCUUCAAAAACCAUACUUUUUUCUUCCUUUUGAAAUCUGUUCAUAACCUUUGGUCGUAACUUUUGUUUGUUGUUUGAAAAAGAAAAAAAAAACCUAUUCAACUGCUUUAAUUCCAUUAAGUCAUUUUGAUUACAUACUAUGUACUGGAUCACUGGUAGAGGAUAAUAUCUUUUCCUCUGCCCAUACGGAAUGAACUGUGACACAAUUAAUGCUGUUUUGUCGACAGAAUAUUUUUCUAAGUAUGGAAUUAAAAAUUUAGCAGGGUGAGUUUUACAGUUUUCUAGGCAAUUGCACCUAUGGAAAUUUGACCUCAUCACAAGGCAGAUGUGUGUUAUCUUUUCAUAUGUGAAGGGAACAGUUAUCAUCAUCAUCAAGCCACUAGUAUUAUGAAGUUUUAAUGGAUGUAUUUUAAAUUU